AUGGUAGAGAAGAGAGAUGGAAGACAGCGUAAUGUACAGUUUCCAAAGUGCUGGAUACUGAAAUCAAGUAAAUCCAAUCAGUGUGGAAAGUACAUCAAAUAUCGAACACAGCAAUCUGUGCACCAAAGAACACACAGAGUCGAGAAACCUUUUGAAUGUUCAGUGUGCAGAAAGAGAUUCAGUCAGAGUGGCCAUCUUCAACAGCAUCAGAGAACUCACACAGAGGAGAGACCUUAUGAACGCUCAGAGUGUGGAAAGAGAGUCAAUCGGAGUGGAACUCUUCAAGUGCACCAAAGAACCCACACAGGGGAGAAACCUUUUGAAUGCUCAGCAUGUGGAAAGAGAUUCAGUCGGAGUACCUAUCUUCAACAACAUCAGAGAACCCACACGGGAGAGAAACCUUUUGAAUGCUCAGUGUGUGGAAAGAGUUUCAGUCAGAAUAUCCAUCUUCAGGUGCACCAAAGAACCCACACAGGGGACAAACCUUUUAAAUGCUCAGAGUGUGGAAUGAGAUUCACUCGGAGUGCCACUCUUCAACAACAUCGGAGAACCCACACAGGGGAGAAACCUUUUGAACACUCAGAGUGCAGAAAGAGAUUCAGUCCAAGUACUAUUCUUCAGUGUCAUCAAAAAACCCACGCAGUGGAGAAACUUUUUGAAUGUUCAGAGUGUGGAAAGAAAUUCAGUCGGAGUACCAAUCUUCAAGUGCAUCAAAGAACCCACACAGGGGAGAAACCUUUUGAAUGCUCAGAGUGCGGAAAGAGAUUUACUGUGAGUUCCACUCUUCAUUGUCACCAAAGAACUCACACAGGGGAGAAACCUUUUGAAUGUUCAGAGUGUGGAAAGAAAUUCAGUCAGAGUACCCAUCUUCAACAGCAUCAAAGAACCCACACAGGGGAGAAACCUUUUGAAUGUUCAGAGUGUGGAAAGAAAUUCAGUCAGAGUACCCAUCUUCAACAGCAUCAAAGAACCCACACAGGAGAGAAACCUUUUGAAUGUUCAGAUUGUGGAAAGAGAUUCAGUCAGUGUACCCAUCUUCAAGUGCACCAAAGAACCCACACAGGGGAGAAGCCUUUUGAAUGCUCAGAGUGCGGAAAGAGAUUUAGUCUCAGCACUACUCUUCAGUGUCAUCAAAAAACCCACACAGGACAGAAACCUUUUGAAUGCUCAGAGUGUGGGAAGAGAUUCAGUCGGCAUAUCCAUCUUCAAGUGCACCAAAGGAUCCACACAGGGGAGAAACCUUUUGAAUGUUCAGAGUGUGGAAAGAGAUUCAGUCGGAGUACCCAUCUUCAACAGCAUCAAAAAACCCACACAGGGGAGAAACCUUUUGAAUGCUCAGAGUGUGGAAAGAGAUUCAGUCGGAAUACCUACCUUCAACAGCAUCAGAGAACCCACACAGGGGAGAAGCCUUUUUUAUGCUCAGAGUGUGGAAAGAGAUUCAGUCAGAGGACUCAUCUUCAAGUGCACCAACGAACCCACACAGGGGAGAAACAUUUUGAAUGCUUAGAUUGUGGAAAGAGAUUCAGUCGGAAUACCUAUCUUCAACAGCAUCAAAGAACCCACACAGAGGAGAAGCCUUUUGAAUGCUCAGAGUGUGGAAAGAGAUUCAGUCAGAGGACUCAUCUUCAAGUGCACCAACGAACCCACACAGGGGAGAAACGUUUUGAAUGCUUAGAUUGUGGAAAGAGAUUCAGUCAGAGGACUCAUCUUCAAGUGCACCAACGAACCCACACAGGGGAGAAACGUUUUGAAUGCUUAGAUUGUGGAAAGAGAUUCUGUCGGAAUACCUAUCUUCAACAGCAUCAAAGAACCCACACAGAGGAGAAGCCUUUUGAAUGCUCAGAGUGUGGAAAGAGAUUUAGUCAGAGUAGCCAUCUUCAGCAGCAUCAAAGAACCCACACGGGCGAGAAACCUUGA